AUGGGCGGCCCCGUCGCCGCCCCUAUCGGCCCCGUUGCCGCCCUUCGCGGCCUCGUCGCCACCUCUAGCGGCCCCGUCGCCACCUCUAGCGGCCCCGUCGCCGCCCUUCGCGGCCCCGUCGCCGCCUCUAGCGGCCCCGUCGCCGCCCUUCACAGCCCCUCGCGGCCUCUUCUCGGCCCCGUUGCCGCCCCCUUUCAGCCCCUCCCCGGCCCCUUCACCGCCGAGCAGCCGAGCCGCCGAGCCGCCGACCCGCCGAGCCACCGAGCCGCCGAGCCGCCGAGCCGCCAAGCAGCCGAGCCGCCGAGCCGCCGAGGCCGCCGUCGAGCCGCCACUACCGAGCCGCUGCCGCCGAGCCGCCGUCGAGCCGCUGCCACCGGAGUUGCAGCCCUGUUCCUACUGGCGAGCCCCGGCCCUACCCACCCGGACUGGGACCACUUCCUCUCUGUUUGCCCCACCACACUCACCGUUGACCUCCUCGAGGAGCUCCUCCUGGUAGUUGAGAAGAGUAUAUUCGCUGUAGGAGCCUCUCGAGGUGAACCUCGUGCCCCUGUCUUUGAGGGGUGCUCCCCCUCCCCCCUUUUGCCCUCUGUUGCCUCUUUUGCUGUUGUCGACUUCGUUGGCACCGAGUCGGUUGGCGCUGCGUCUGCCCCUAGCGGGCGACGCCGCACCGGCAAGGGCAAGGGGGGCAAGGGCGCUGGAGGGGCUGGCGGGGGCUGUGGAGGUGGCAGUGGAGGAGGCGGAGGGAGUGGGGGUGGUGGUGGGAGUGGUGGCGGGGGUGGGGGCUUCUGUGGCGGCGGUGGCGGCGGAGGCGGCGGCGGCGGUGGCGGUGGGAGCGGCGGUGGGAGCGGAGGCGGCGGAGGUGGCGGAGGCGGCGGCGGCAUCGGUGGAGCUGGUCGCGGCUCUGCACAGAGGAGUGGCUCCAGUGGUGGUCCGCGCCAGCUGCAGCAGCGCACUCGUGAGACCCCGUCCCCUCAGCAGCUUUGUGAGUGGUACGCUGGGCGUCAGCGAGGUCGGGGUACUGGUCCCUGUACCUACGUCCUCCGCACCGGCGACCGCGCUGAUGCUAUUCUUGCUGCCAUGUAUGCUGUGUCUACUAGUGAUGAGGGUGACUGUUACCUGUGUGUUCCGCCUGACCCGGGCAUUGAGGCUGCUGCUCUAGCUGCUGGUGAGGCUGCUGCUCUAGGUGCUAGUGCGUCUGCUGCCCCAGGUGCUGGUGAGUCUGCUCCCUCAGGUACCACGUCGGCUCAGGCCUUACUCACCUUCACUUUUGACUCGGGUGCUUCCCGCUCCUUCUUUCUAGACCGCACCACGCUUACGCCGCUUAGUCGGCCGGUUGCGGUCUCCCCGGCGGACCCCUCUGGGGGUCCUGUCCUUGCUCACUUCUCCACUGUCUUAUCGUGUCUGGCAGCCCCCUCUGGCACCAUGUCAGGUCUCUACCUCCCCUCGUUCUCUACAAACUUGGUGAGUGGUGCUAACCUACAGGAUGGGGGGGUUGACCAGUUCACUCCUUCGAGUCAGCGGGUGACCCACUGUACGUGUACUCUGACGGGCCGACACUUGGCCACGUUUACCCGUCGGCCGGGGUCGAGCCUGUACACACUGACUACUGAGUCUCCUCCGGUUGCUGAGUCUGGUCAGGUAGCUGCGUCGAGUCAGGUGUUUACUGCAGCGUCCAGGUCUGGUCCUGAGUCUGCUCCCUGCUCGUGUCGUCUCCUGUCCCACCAGACUCUCCUCUAG